UAUUUGUCUCACUCUAACUUGUUGCACCAGUGCAGCAGUGCAGAGCAAAAGAACAGACCUAAAAUUAUAAGAGCGGCACAUAGUGCUUGUUUUGUACUGGAUUGCUUAGUAGGAAGAAAUACUGUUUUGUUUUGUUGAGAAUAAAGAAAGUAACUUGUGAAAAAAAAUUGUCAAAUAAAUAUUAAUCUAGUAACUCGCUAUAUCGAAAUGGCCGAAAAUAAAUUUUCUUCGUUGCAAGGAUUCAAACUCGAAGAUUUACUAUCCAAAGAUGGGGUUACGUUUGAAAUUGGAGAACAAUAUUACGAUGAUGAAGAUGAAGAGUUUGCAUAUACUUCAUUCGCACAAUAUAGUAAUGAGGAGAUGUUAGAUAUGUUGAACAUGAAUGAUUUUAGUGACGAUGAGAUAGAUAAACAGGAAACAAAUAUACUUCUUCACGGUAUUAGUUUUGCAAAGUUAAAAAAAAAGAUGACAAGUUUGAUAGCAGAUCAAAAGGUGAUGAAAUAUAUCAAGCAGAAAGGUGUUGGAGAAGUUAUACCUAACAAUGCUCAGGUCACUGUCCAUUAUGUAGGAUAUUUUGAGGAUAACGAUGAACCUUUUGAUUCUUCAUAUGUCACUGGACGUCCAAGAACAUUGCGUUUAGGACAAGAUCUCAUCAUACCUGGUUUAGAAAUAGCUAUAGCCAGUAUGUGUAAACAUGAGAUAGCAGUAUUUUGGAUGCAUCCUGACUAUGCCUACAAGGCUAUGGGCUGUCUACCACGUAUCCCUCCUAAUGCAGAAGUAAUUUUCAUUGUUCAUUUGUUUGAUUUUAUUGAUAAUGGUUCUGCAGAUACGUAUUAUAAUCUUAGUCUGGAGGAGAAACAGUCAUUUCCAAACGUGGUAGAGUCUGUCAAACAUAUGCUUGUAACUGCUAAAGAUCACUUCGCUAAGCAACGUAUCAAACAAGCAAUAAGAGAAUACAAAAAAGUUGUUGACUUUCUGGAUAUGGUAAAAUUGAAAGAUGACAUAGAAGAGGAAAAAAUAAAGAAAUUACUCUCUCGGACUUGUACUAAUCUCGGGAUUUGCUAUAACAAGUUGAAUAUGCCACGUAAUGCUUGCUUGGCUUGUAACAGGGUUCCUAUUCCUACUGCAAAAACUCAUUAUAACUUCGGGAAAGCUCUUCUAAGUAUUGCAGAGUAUGAUGAAGCAAUGAAUGAGUUGCAAAAAGCUCACAAGUUAGAUCUGCAUAAUCAGUGUAUUAAGAAAGCAAUUCAACAAACGAAUAUGAAACAACGUGAAUACUUGGAAAUCGAAAAACGCUUAUGGAAAAAUUGCUUUAAAUCUGAGGAGAACAAAACGAAACUCACUGAAUUCCGGAAAGCCGCACGUGAUUUGUGCGAUUCCGUGCAAAACAAUAUAGUAAGACAACCUCUUCCUGAAGGUUUUACAGAGGAAGAGCUUGAAAUCAUACGUGAAGAAGCUGCUACAUCAGGACUGAACAUUGUCAGGCAUAUAAGAUACGGCAAAGAGAUUGUAUAUAUUCAGAAGAACAAUGCGUGAAAUUAUAUAUUCGAAGUUUAUACCCAAUUUCUUCACUUCUGGUUAACUUUAUCUACCAGUUAUUCUAUUGAAAUUGACCUAUCAUAUUUAUGGUUGGCAAGAAUUAAUCAAUUUCAGUUGACAUUCAACAGAUAGAUAAAAUUAACCAGAGGUGAAGAAAUUGGGCAUUAGACAUUAAUCUCCUAAACUUAUUAUUGCAUUCUCAAAAAUUUAUAAAUAAUAGUUCCUUUUUACGUUAUUUUUUUAAUAUGAGGUGUUCAUAUUGUGACAAUAGUGAAUUCACAAUAGUAAUUAUUCACCAAAGAUGCUAUUGAUAUUUCAUAUCAAUGUUAGUGUAAAAUAUACAGGCCAGCCUGUACUCAUGACAAAUGAACUUUAUACUAUCAGUAUCAGUAUAUUUAAAGCCUUCAGCUCAUAUAGUCAAGAAGGAGACUUGAUCUAUAGUUACAUUCCUUAACUGCACGUAUUCAUUUCUUAUUUAUAUCUAUUCAAUUACUAGUCUACUAAUAGUUACAUUAUCUCUCUUUAAUUGACUUUGCUAUAUUCAUCUUGUUACUUAAAUAUUUUUGUAAUUUCUUUUCACAAUCUUCUUAAUUUUUAAUUUCUUUUUAAUUUUCAUCUAAUCUUUAUAUUAUCUACAUCUUAAUAUCAUAUCCAAUUACUCUUUCCUAUUUCAUUCAAUGGAUACCAUGUUGUCCUCAUAUACAAUAUUUGCAACUCUAUUUUUCAGCUGUAUACUUUUAUCCCUUUAUUUUUCCUCUUUCUCUUUCCGAUCUCAUCAUUGUUCUAUUUAAUCUUCAUUCUCUUUUUCCGCAAUUUUCUCCCAUAUCUUGUUAGUUUUAUUAUAUUCUUUUUCAGUGGCGUAACCACUCAGGGGGAGCUGAAGAGACUGCAGCCCCCCCCCCCCAAAAUUAAUUUUUUGGGUUACGUUAAAUGUGAGAAAUUUUUUUUGAAUAACCUUUCUUUUGCUCGUCAAAAAUAAAAAGUACAGCCCUCCCCGAAAUUUUUUUCUGGCUACGUCACUGUUCUUCCUACUAACUCCAUAAAGUGAUUCCUCUGCCUUUUUUCGCUUCCUAUAUGUCUCCUUCAGUUUAUAUCGCUAAGAAAGAGUUUUUCAUAUCCUAUAACCUAUAGUCUUUCUUUUAUUCUUUGCACUUCAUUCUUAUUUCUAUAGUAUCAUAUUUUGCUUCUAUAUCCCAUCAGAUCAUUUCAUCCUCUUCAUUUCUUGUAUCCUCUUCUACUUCCAGUACACUUUUGUGUACUUUUGUCUUCUAUUACUAUUCUAUUAUAUAUUUCUAUCAAUAAUUUAUUUUACAUUACCACACUAACCUAAGCUUAUUUGCCUUAACUUAAUUUAAUUGAAAUAACCUUAACUUAAUUGAAAUUUGUGAAAUUGUAUGAUUUACAAUGUGAUAAAAGGUAGACAAAUUACUAUUCAGGAAUUAUAAGUUAUUCACUAAGUCUCAAUAUAUACUGCCGUUUUGUCUUCCAAUAUAUACUGCCAAUAUAUACUUAAAAGUUUAACAAGAAGAUACUAUAAUAAAGAAAUCAAAAUAUUAUAUAUACAUAAAUAUAAACUAUACAAAUAUAACAUAUGAAAAAUAUAUUUUUGAAGUUCUUAAAUAUAGAAUAUAGAAUACAGAACGCCUUGUAUAUUACUCGCUUUUAUUUUAUUUUUUUAAAUACUAAACAUGUCGUUUAGAAAAACGAUACAAAUAUAUAUUAUAGAAUGCAAUCUAUAUAAGGAGAUAAGUACAAAGACAGCGUUAAUAUUUGAUGCAUUAGUAACAUCAUCAUUAUAUAUUUUCCAAUGUUUGUUGACAAGUAAGACAAAUAAAAAGUAUUUUGCAAAAA